AUGACCAAAAAUGGUGAUAAGACUACACAAUUUUCUUCUCCUUUUAGCGCCUCAUACUCCAAGCUUGACGUUGUCAACAAGCCGAUGAUAAAGGAAGUCUUCGACGUUGAGGAGAAUAUUUGGUGUACCAAAUUUGGUGUGAAGGGGAAGAUUGAUAUGACCGUUGUUUGCUCCACCGAUUCACAAACGCCACCCUCUCUCAUUCCUUUGGAGUUGAAGACGGGAAAACCAUCUUUCUCUUACGAGCACCAAGGCCAGGUUCUCCUCUAUCUCCUCAUGCUUGCUGACCGUCAUGCAAAUCGGGUCACCAAUGUCGCCAACUACGGUUGGCUUGUCUACCUUCGCCAGACGGACCAAUCUUACCCUUCAGAUCUUGUUAAGCCGCAGGCUAGCAGUUUCCGAGGUCUAAUUCAGACUCGAAAUCAUCUUGCAGCGUCGUUGAGACGCCUCGCAUUUCCAGAAGAAUCAAUAGGGGGAGUAGAGGAGGGGAAAACUUGGGAGUUACCGCUUCCUCCUCCCCUUUACAGGCAACGCAUAUGUUCGUGGUGUCCAUACCUUUUUGCGUGCGAAAUACUUCGUGGGCAUAGGUACGUUUAUUGUGCUAUAGUAAGCUUUGCUAUUUUGGCUUCAGAUUUUUAUAUUUAA